GCUUGUUUCGUGACUGCAAGCUCAACAUUGACGGAGACACCCAAGCCCUUUGUGGUUGUUUCCUAACAAUCCGCGAGUUCAUGCUCAACUAUACUACAAAUGUAGUAUCUACCAGGACCACAAUCAACUCAUAAUUUACCAUACUUACGACCUCACCAAGACAAGCCACACGACCGUGAAUACCAACAGCGGAUAGUAGCGUCUACCUCAAGCAAGCAAGCAGACAUUUCUAUGUCGCAGAGAGGUUAACCUCCGAAGUCCAUGGCGUACUACGUCGACCACCCAGGCCAAGAGCCUGCAUCCAUAUCCCUAAACGAGGCGGGGCUCCUGCGUCCCCGGCCCCGACCCCGACAGCCACAAUGGCUGACAGAAUUUGCAUACCAUCCCGACUCCUACAUCCGACCCGACUACGUUAAACCCGACCCAAGCAUGUUGCCUAACCCCCGCCUCAACUCCGGUGAGCAACUCAGCGAACAGAAGCCCUGCGCGCGGAUGGCCGAGUACACCGAGCUCCUCUCAAAGCGCGCAUGGCGAAUGACAAAAGAGAAGGCAUGCGAGCUCUUCGAUUUGCUAUCCGCGGACGAAAAGAGGAAUCUUGGGUACGGGCUGUACCAAAACCCGCUGGAGCGGCGCAACUGGCCGGCCGAGUUGAAGCGGUGCAAAUGCUGCCAGCAUAAUGACUUUCACGGGGUUGAAAACGAGGUGUACUGCUACCAUUGCCACGCUAAUGGGCGGUUGCAUUGCCGAGAGUGUAUGCAGUACAUCAGACCGGAUCGUGGGGAUAGGGGUGCAUCGUCAGAUGCUAGUUCUUCGAUUGGGUUUGCCAGUUCGAGUAGCUAUCAUAAAGAUGGCUUAUCGAGCGACGCUAUUCGGGCAUGUAUUCCGUUUCGCAGUAGUACUGAUGUGAAGUUUGAACGCGGAGUGUCUCCUUCCUCCACUGCGCAGAAGCAGCAACAAGACCACGCUCCUUGGGCGGAAGAAAUAUGGUUGUUGGUAUGGAUCACCAUUUGGAUGCUUUGCUGUUGCUGGACUGGUUUUCUUUGAAAGCGAUUAGGUAAGGGAAAUGAGAUUAAUGGUUGGUCAUACAUGAGUGUGUAAUAAAGGUCGUG